CUUUCACUUCCACUCGUUAAGUAACAACACCUUCGUGUGUUAACACACCACCUCCAUCACCGUCAUGUCUACAACCUACACCAUUCUCCUCUUCUUUUCACUACUACUCUUCUCCUUUGCAAAUUCUUCAUCUUCAGAACCACGCCGUGUCCUCCACCAACCACUCUUCCCAAGAAUAUCGCUUCCUCCAACGCAACCACCAACAUCUUCUCCUCAACCACAACCCAAACAACAACAACCAAAGCUUCCAUUUGCAUCAUCAUCGUCGUCGUCGUCGCCAUCACUCUCUUCACCUCCACACAAGUCAUUCUUCCCUUCCUACCAUUCUCCACCACUCCCUCCAUCCCCAACUGUCCUCGCCACAUUCCCCGCCAACAUCUCCUCCCUUCUCCUCCCCCGCCCCUACACCCGCCACCACGGCCCUGCCGCCGCCGCCAUCGCCCUCGCCGUCUCCCUCUCUCUACUCAUUCUCUCCCUCGUCGUUGCUGCCGCCGCCUUCCUCCACCGCCGCCGCCGCAGACAUCCCCUCCCCUCCGCCGCUGACAACGACGACGACAAGGCCUCUAGAUCAGACAACCUCCGCUUGUUCCCUCCCAACACCGCCACCUCCGAUGGCGCCGACCGGAAACCCCGCGUCAAGUCGAGCCCAACGUCGGAGCUACUCUACCUCGGCACGGUGGCGGGUUCGGAGAACACAACAGCAAAAGUUUCAAACUCGAGUUGCAGCAACAAUGGCGGUUUUCGGCCACCUGAAAACAAAAUUGACGAAAGGAAGAAAGAAGAGGAAGAAGAUAAAGAAAAAGAAGAAGAAGAAGACGAAGAGGAACAGUUUUUUUCUCCAAGAGGAUCUUCUGGGCACAAGCAACAGAGUCCUCCUUCACCUUCUGCUCUUGCCUCUUCAAGUGCUCACGUUUUCCACGUCGAUAAAUUCGGUAGCAGAAGCUUCACCUCUAGAACCCCUUCUUACCCUCGUUCUAACUCUCUCUCUUGUUCCCCUUCUCUCAAUGUCAGCCCCACAAGCACCAAAUCGUUACCCCAUCAUAACCCCACUUCUUCUUUCUCUUCUUCCUCUUCUUCUCCCAAACCCAGAGAAGAAUGGGAUGUUUCAGCUCAGGGGAACAAUUAUUUGCCACCUCCUCCUCCGCCUCCGCCUCCGCCGCCGCGGUAUUGGGAGGCUUCGGUGGUGGGUGGAUUGGGUGAAGGUGUUGGUGUUAGGAGUGGGAAUGAGGAGACACCGAAGCCGAAGUUGAAAGCUUUACACUGGGAUAAAGUUAAGGCCAGCUCGGACAGGGUCAUGGUUUGGGAUCGCUUGAGACCAAGUUCUUUUCAGUUGAACGAGGACAUGAUUGAGACACUUUUUAUGGUGAAUAAUUCAAAGGAAAGUUCUUGUCUUGCUGCUCCUAGAGACAGUGCUCGCCGUCAAGUAAUUCAUUCCACAUCUUUAAUGCCACCGGAAAAUAGGGUGCUUGACCCUAAGAAGUCUCAGAACAUUGCCAUUUUGCUUAGGGCACUAAAUGUGACUAUUGACGAAGUUUGUGAAGCCCUCAGGGAAGGCAAUUGUGAUACACUGGGAACAGAACUUCUAGAAAGUUUACUAAAGAUGGCUCCAACCAAAGAUGAAGAAUGUAAGCUGAAGAAGUUUCAGGACGAAUCGCCCUUCAAGCUUGGCCCAGCUGAGAAAUUUCUUAAAGUCGUGCUAGAUAUACCUUUUGCAUUUAAGAGAGUGGAUGCCAUGCUCUACAUUGCUAAUUUUGAUUCAGAAUUAGAAUACCUUAGGAAGUCCUUUGAAACUCUGGAGGUGGCUUGUGAGGAAUUAAGGAAUAGCAGAAUGUUUUUGAAGAUACUUGAAGCCGUGCUGAGAACAGGAAAUCGAAUGAAUGUUGGCACUAAUCGCGGUGAUGCACAUGCAUUCAAACUGGACACACUUUUGAAGUUAGUUGAUAUCAAAGGAACAGAUGGAAAGACUACACUCCUGCAUUUCGUUGUACAGGAAAUUGUCAGGACUGAGGGUUCUCAUAUUUCCGGUUCUAAUAACCAUCAUACCUCUGAAAAUGUCAACCAAUUUACUCUUCAAGAUGAAGUUGACUUUAGGAAGCUUGGACUGCAAGUUGUUUCGGGCUUGAGCGGGGAGCUCACCAAUGUUAAAAAAGCUGCUGCUAUGGAUUCUGAUAUGCUCACCAGUGAUGUUGCUAAACUUGCCAGAGGAAUUGAGAAAGUUGUGCAAGUUGUGAAAUUGAAUGAGGAAUCACCUUUGAAAGAAACUAACCAAAAAUUUUCUGAGGCAAUGAAAGGUUUCUUGGAGAGGGGAGAGCAAGAGAUUUCUGAAGUCCAAGGCCAAGGGAAAAAUGCUCUCUCUUCAGUAAAGGAGAUAACUGAGUAUUUCCAUGGAAAUUCAGCAAAGGAAGAGGCCCAUCCAUUUAGAAUUUUUAUGGUUGUGAGGGAUUUCCUUUCAAUACUAGAUGGUGUUUGCAAAGAAGUUGGUAAAGUAAAUGAGAGAACUUUGGUUGGUUCCCGUCAAUAUGUAAUGCCUACGAAUCCCGUACCACCAACCUUUUUCCCUGAGAUUGUUACUAAGCAUCCAUCUGAUUCCUCUGAAUCUGAUUAACCUCCCAAAUCCGAUCUGACCCAGUUGUAACAGGCUGAGGUAGUUUGCACAUGUUUGGUCAUUGAUGGGUUAGAUUUUUAUCAUACAAAUAUUAUCAUGUGAUGUGGCAUAUUCACUCAAAUACGACUGAGCUGAAGCCAAGGUUUACCCCUACCUAUGAUGAUGAAAAGCUCAUGCAAUCGAAGCACUUCUUUUCCUGCCUAAAAAGCUCUGUAUAUGUUUUACUGCCAAGAUUAUAUAAUAAGUUUAGUACAUUUUUUUUU